CUUUGCCCUCAGCUCCGCCUUUUGUAAGCGUCCAUUGUUGGCGGAGGAUUUGAGCCGUGUGUUGUGGCUGAGGUGGGCUACGCUUGAUGGGUCAGCUAUCAGCCCUGAGCAGCCCUGCACAUAAGGCCUUUGAUUCAGCACUCCAAGACACACACAGACUCGCGCUUAAUCAUUCACACAUACAUGAAUAUAAACAUGUACACCUUGCAGCGCUCAGUGCAGACAUCCGAGGAAGGAGCCCGACAGCACAGCCGGGGUAGCCAGACUCUACGGCUUCCUGAAGAAGAUGACAGCACAUGCGUGGAGCCUGUCGUCGCGGUGGGCCAUGCUGGUGGUGGGGAUUCCUGCUAUGUCCCUGUCGAUGUGGAAGGGGUGCCCUGCAUUGCACUGGUGGACACAGGCUCUACAGUAACCCUGGUGAGAGCAGAUGUGUUGCCCAGUGGGACUAUGUUAGAGCCGACAGCGGUGCGUCUACGCACAGUCACAGGAGAGCUGGCGCCUAUGAAAGGAAGAGGCAUGCUGACUGUGUCGGUGGGGGGAGUUGAAGUGCAGCACCCCGUGUGGAUAGCGGAUGUACAGGACCCGUGUAUUCUGGGUUUGGACUUUUUGAAGGCGUCUAGCUGCCUCCUGGAUCUUCAAGCAUGCACAGUGAGUUUCCAGGGGGGGCCGGUGAUUACUAUGACCCGUAUCCACAACCCUGCUGAGCCGGCGGGGAGACCCUCUACACCCACCGUGAGUACCCUAGGAACUGAAGAAAAUCCUCCCUCCUUUCCCGUAUCCCCGGUGACGCCCGCUCAGGACAAUUCCCCAUCUGUCACCCCCGGACUGUGCCACCCGAUCACAGCCCCACCCCAGUUACCCCAGACGGAGGUGGAAGAGGCUCAGUCUGCAGUAUUGGAGGUGUGGAGGAAGAACUGUGGCGGCCUGAAUCCCGAGCAGCAAGAGCAAUUGGGGCAGUUUCUGCUAGAGUUCCAGGGCAGUUUCGCCAUGAAGGAGGAGGAGGUGGGCCGAACACAUCUGGUAGAACACGAGAUUGAUACAGGGGACUCGCGUCCCAUCAGGUGUCGCCCGCGCCGACUUCCCCUUGCUCGUCAGCAGGCUUGCGACGAGGCAGUGCAGAGCAUGCUGCAGGCAGACAUCAUCGAGCCCUCCGACAGCCCAGGGUCAGCACCUGUAGUCAUGGUCCCGAAGAAGACAGGUGGCUGGCGGCUGUGCUCAGACUACAGACCGGUGAACGGGGUCACCAAGAAGGAUUCAUACCCCCUUCCCCGCAUUGAUGAGUCCCUGGACCUGGUCGCAGGGUCGUCGUGGUUCUCUUCCUUGGACCUCCGCAGCGGGUAUUACCAAGUUCCUCUUGCCCCAGAGGCCAGACCAUAAACGGCUUUCUGCACCGGCCGGGGACUAUGGCAGUUCAAGGUCCUCAGUUUUGGGCUGUGUAAUGCCCCGGCCACCUUUGUGCGGUUGAUGGACAGGGUGCUGUCUGGGAUUCCCCGCCAACAGUGUUUGGUUUACCUGGACGACAUCCUGGUGCAUGGCAGCUCGUUUGAGGCGGCGCUGGGAUCUCUAAGAGUGGUGCUGGAGAGAAUCAGAGCCGCUGGUUUGAAGCUACAUCCAGAUAAGUGUCAUUUCCUGCAGAGAGAGGUCACUUUCCUGGGCCACAAAGUGGGGGGUGAGGGCAUCGGCACCCUGCAUGAGA